AUGGCUUCCCUGGCAGCCCUGUGCCUGAGCCUGCCCUCUACCGCUGAGGCCGCCAAGGCCCCGGUGGAGCUCACCCAGCAGUCACGGGACACCGCCAGCGAGCUGGAGGGCAUCAUCCGGGCACGUUCUGGCUCGGAAUUCCGCCUCACCCGGGAGGCACCGAGCUCCCCCCAGCGCCAGAAGAGGAGGCCGUCCACGGCCAUCGAGGCGCAGGUCCUCAGAUCGGAACUGGAGCAGCGCUCAGAGGAGAUCCAGACGCUGAAGGAGCAGCUGCGGGCCGAAGCGAUGCGCCCCGCUCCCAGCGUGUCUGCGCCAAAGCCGGAGCCCAUGAUCGUGAGGCAGGAGGAGCCCCAGAAGGACAUGCUUGGGUCUGCUCCUGCAGCCUCCCUGGCCGUGGCAGCCACCAGCGGCUUCUCAGUGCUGAACGUCCUGGGAGUCUUUGCGGCAGGGGCUGUGGGAGGCGCCCUGGUCCUCCAGCGCAAGUCUGCCUCCCAGGCCGAAGCAUCCUACCGUGCCAAGCUGAAGGCCACGCAAGGCACGGUGGAUGGCCUGCGGACCAAGGUGCACGAGACGCAGCAGUCGCUGUCGCGGGAGCAAGACCUGGCCCAGCGGCUCAAGCGGGAAAGCGCGACGGCGGCCUCGGCCGCUCAGCGGCAGGUGAGGGCGGUGCCUGGCGGCUGGGUGCCGGUGGGGUUGGGGCGCUCUGUGUGGGAAAGGAGGGAGACCGUGACCCUGCCGAUCGAGAUUGGGAAGGAAUCCUCCGAGCGGCUGGAGAAGGAGAAGGCCGCCCUGGAAAGAGCCAUCCAGGCCGAGCAGAGGCGCAACGAGGCCGCCACCCGGGAGGCGGCUGCUGUGUCUGAGGCCCUGGAAGCUGAGAAGGCCGCCAGGUUCACUGCGGAUGCCGAGGCCAAGGAGCUCCAGCGGAUCCUGUCUGAGAGGAACGCCACACUGGAGCGGGAGAAGAGCCUGGUGGCACGGCUCGGCAAGGAGUCGGAGACGCUCAAGGCCGAGCUGGAGGCGUCCCGCAAGGCGGCAGACCAGCUGCAGGAGAGGGCAUCGGGGCUGGACGACGCGCUGAGUCAGCGGGACGCUGACCUGUCGGACCUGGAGGCGGCGCGCGCCGCGCUGGAGUCCCAGCUUCGGGAUGCCCAUGAGGCCGCCGAGCGGCAGGAGGAGGCCUAUGAAAAGCUGGACGAGGAUCGGCUGAGCCUGUCUGAAGCGAUGACCCUGCUGCGCCAGCAGACGGAGGACAUGGCGCGGCGCGCGGCGGAGGAGGCUCGCGAGGCCGGCAGGCGGCUGGCGGAGACGGAGGAAGACCUGCGCGCCGCCCAGUCCCAGCUGGGCGAUGAGCGCUCCCGCAUACAGGCGCUGGCGGCGGAGCUGGAGAGCACGGCGCGCGCGCUGGCGGCGGCCCUGGCAGACGCCGAGGCUCGGGCCGAGGCGGCGGCCACUGACCUGGCCGGCGCGGAGGCCGCAGCUGGCGCACGCGAGGCCGCGCUGCAGUCCGACCUGGGCGAUGUCUCGCGCGAGCUGCUGGAGCAGAAGCGGGGGCGGGAGGACGCGGCGGCCGCGGCGGCCACGCUCCAGCGCAUCGUGCAGUCGGCACGGGAGGAGAUGGCCGAGGCGCGGGCGGCCGCGGAGGACGCGCGGCGCGAGCUCCGUGCGGAGGCCGAGGCACGCGCCGCCGCGGAGGCGGCCGCCGCUGCGCUGCACGCUGAGCUGGCGCAGCUGGCUGAGGCGGAGGCGGCGGCACGGGCGGGGGCCUCGGCCAGCCUGGAGGGACUGCGUGCCGAGUACGAGGAGGCCAAGAGAGGCCGCAAGAAGAAGGCGGCGGCGGAGGUUGUCGCAGAGGAGGCCGGCGCGGAGGGGACAGCGGGGGACAGUAAGACGGCCCCUGGCGACGACAGAGAGCCGGGCACGGGCGCUGGCGCCGCGCCGGAAUCUGACCAGCCGCCGACGGUCAUCGCCGACGGCAGCGGGAGUGGGGAGCCAGGUCGGAUGGAGGCCGGAUCGGACCUGGAGAAGGAGGCAGCUUCAGGAGAGGAUGCAGUGAACGGGGGGGGUCUGGCAUCUGCACGCGAGACGACCAACAGCAGCGCCGUCGAGUCGAGUUCCACCCACUGA